GUUCAGUACGAUGUUUUUGGACGCUUAGAGAGUCAAAAAUGACCGUUUCUCUCGGAUAGUUGGGCAAAGGACGAAGUAGUCGCGGGUUCCCGGCCAGUCGUAGGAUUUCUAAAUUGGUUGAAUGAGCUGGAAUGGACAGCCUUGUUAGAUAGGCAGUUGGUUGCACUUUCCCGACGUUUUGUCCCUGAGCUACCGAAGUACCCGUCCGAUGCGUUAUCCACCUCCGUAUACGCGAUUAUGCACUGCUCACUUCUCCGACCUCUUCGCUCGUCCAUAAAUGCGUAACCUCCUAUUCAUGGCUGCCGUUUCCCCUGUGGGUUCGCUUUGUCACUGCCGUGGAUGCUUUGCAACCGGGCGUCAGCGUCAAUCGGUACGACCCGUACCUUGAAAGCUCCAUCAUCGCAAUGGGCCGACGUGGCGCACAAAAUGGAUAAAAGGCUUGCCAUCUUUCGUAUGUCCAGUCAGUCUAUACCCAUGUUUGCCCUACCUUUCGCCCUCGUUUUACUUUCGCGCCUUCAUGGCGCGUUUGCGUACGAUUACGUCGUUAUUGGCGGAGGAGCUGGUGGCUUGACGGUAGCCAGCCGCCUCGCAGAGGACACAACGACCAGUGUUCUUGUCCUUGAAGCAGGUCCGAAUGCUGAGCAUCUCCCAGAGGUUUUUGUUCCAGGGUUAAUCGGUACUGGCCAAUCGUUCACUACUCUCAACUGGCGAUACCAGACCACACCUCAAGCUCACCUGAACGGAAGAAACCUUACGGUGAACGCUGGCAAAGCCCUUGGAGGUAGUACAGUUAUCAAUAGUAUGAUUUUCCCCCGCGCUCAGAAAGAGCAGUAUGAUGCUUGGGGGACACUUAACGACGAUUCUUCUUGGACUUGGGAUGCGCUACUUCCAUAUUUCAAGAAAUCAGAGAUCAUGACCCCUCCAAAUGACUAUCAAAUCGCAAACGGAGCCUGUUAUCUUCCAGAGGUCCAUGGUUUGGACGCCCAAACAGGGAGGGUCAAAGUCGGCUUCCCCAAUUUCUACUUCCCGCAGUCAGCGCUGUGGCAAAACACCUCCGUGGGGUUGGGAUUCCCAUCUUCACCGGAUCUGGCGAAUGGAGAGACCAACGCUGUGGGCAUCGCACCGGAUUCACUUGAUGCGGCUAAUAAUACCAGAUGCUCCGCCGCAUGUGCGUAUUAUACGCCUUUUGCGGACCGACCUAACUUUAAGGUCACCACCAAUGCUACGGUAUCGCGGAUUCUGUGGUUCGGUGGGAAUGGAUCAUCACUCGAAGCGUCGGGAGUGGAAUAUUACCUUGAUGGACAAACCGUGCCCCUCGUGGCCAAUGUUUCUCGCGAGGUUAUCGUCUCUGCCGGAACUAUAGGUAGCCCGAAGGUGCUUGAACUAUCAGGUGUCGGGAACUCCACGAUUUUGAAAGCUGCUGGUGUAAACCCAGUAUUGGAACACCCUACAGUGGGAGAAAACCUAGCAGAUCACGUUCACAGCUGGGCGAACGCUUUCACCAACAUCAGCCUUACCAAGGACGUUCUGCAGCAAAACCCUGUUUUUAAACAACAGCAGCUUGACCUGUGGUACAAGAAUCGGACAGGGUUGUAUUCCGCUGCUCCUAGAUCACUGGGGAUCGCUGCACCUUCAAAUAUAUUCACCAAGUCGGAAUUGAGCAAACUCAUAAAAGAGGCGCAGGCAAAUCUGACUCGAAUUGCGGGAGAGUUUUCGAAUGGCAACGCAGGCUUAGCCAAGGGUAUUGAGGCUCAACAUAAGAUCGCGCUCAGGCUAUACCAACAGGACAAAGAAGGGCCGUUGGAGAUGAAUUUAGAACCUGGUUAUUCAGGACCAACCUCUGCAGAUAAACGGCCACCAAGGAACUACACCACCAUCAACGCCGUCUUCUACGCCCCUCUUUCUCGUGGCCGAACCCACAUCGGCUCCUCGGACCCACUCGCACCUCCUCUUGUUGACCCGGCGUAUUGGUCUCACCCAUUGGACGUCGCUGCUCACGUUGCUGGAAUCAAACUCGCUCGUAAGAUGUUGACCAAUCCGCCGUUGAGUUCCAUAUACACAGCGGAAUUUGAGCCGGGUGAGGAUAAGAAGACGGAUGGGGAUAUCGAGGCGUGGUUGAGGGAUGUAGCGACGAGUGAUAAUCAUGAGGUUGGGACGCUUGCGAUGAUGCCGAGGGAGUUGGGUGGUGUGGUUGAUACGUCGUUGAAGGUGUAUGGGACGAAGAAUGUUAGAGUUGUUGAUGCAUCGGUUAUUCCUUUCCCGAUUAAUGCACAUAUUUCAUCGACGGUUUACAUGAUUGGAGAACGGGCUGCUGAUAUAAUUAAAUCUAAUUUGGAGAGUUAAUUGUAGUGUUUAUCCAAGUAGCAUAAUCCAGAAGUAUUGUUAAUCUUGUCUAAAUUCUAUAUCCCUGGUAGUAUAUCGGUUAGUACACACGCCUGUCAUAUAUUGGUUAAAGCGCGC